CUCUAACUGUAAAAAAUAAGGAUGGCGACAAAAAAACAAAAGUAACUUCAACAGAUAACGUGUCUGAAACCGAAUCCAAUAAUACAAAGAGUUGUGAGACCAGCAUCCUUCAGCAAGAACUGUCAAAAAUAACUAGAAAGAUGGAAAAAUUAGAAAAUACAGUUUGCGAUCUAAUAGACAAAGUGAGUGUGAACAACGUAUCACAGAAAGAAACGCGAUGCUCAGGAGAAGAAUCGACGUGCGAGCAUGAUACAGAAUUACGCAGAGUAAGAAAGAUAAGAAAAGAACAAGCUGAUUUUGUUACAGACCAAGCCAGAAAAAUUAAGGCGUAUCAAAGUGAAAUUGAUCACCAACAAACAAUUAUAAGUUCAAAAAACAGGGAAAUCGAAGAACUAAAUGAAAAGAUUCAAUCAAAGAUGCAAGUAAUAUCCAAACAAGAUGAUGAACUUCACGAUCUUAACACACUGAGGAAGAAAGUGGAGAAACAGGAUUCAGUUAUCAGAUCAAAUAAGAAUGAAAUGGAAGAGCUACAACAAAGAAUAAAAAAUAAAAACCAGUAUUUAGAAGAUAAGGAAGAGGAAAAUUUUGAACUCAAACUCCAGUGCAAAAAAUUAGCACACGAGAAGAAAGACGACACGCCAUACACAGUGGUAACCAGGAAAUCUAACAAUCUAAUAGAAAUAACAAACGAUGAGAAUAGCGAAAAGGAACCAACUGUUAAACUAAUCGGAUCAAGCAUUUUGUCCCAUGUGGAUGGCAAGAGGAUGAGCGGACUUAACGUGUCAGUUGAACAGGCCUAUACAAUUCAACAGGCUAAAGAUUACGUAAAUGGUUCAACUUCAAAACCAGACAUAACAGUGUUCCAGGUAUUAAGUAAUGAUGUCAAAUCAGUACAAUCAGAUGAAAGGAUCAUCAAAUCGAUGGAGGAACUGGUCAAACUCAACGAAACAAAGGCUCCGAACUCGAAGAUUAUAGUGUCCUUACCACCACCGAGAAAAGACAACCCAAAAUGGAACCUCCGUCAGAAAUCUAUAGCUAGCCAAUUGGAAGUACUAUUCCACGAUAACGACAACGUCACAUGCUGCCCCAAUGACAAUCUAGGACUGAAUGGCCAACCGAAACCCCAUCUCUACAGAGAUAACGUACAUAUUAACGAACAAGGAACUAGAAUGCUCUGCGGAAAUAUACUUCGCACGGUUAGAAAGUUUUGUAAUCUCUCCCAACCAGCACAUCGUAACAACAAUAACAUGACCAGCAACAAUAACUUUUAUGGAUCUCGGCCAAGAUAUAGGCAACAGUAUCAAAGAUACUAGAUUCGGGGCCUGAUGGUAAUCUAAACUGAUCAUCAGUGACUACACUAGACGAAUUAAACGUUAUUUAGUUAAGAUGUUUCAUUAUUUUGUAAAACUAUGGUAAUUAAGAAUGUAAUCACGAAUUUUACUCAUUCAUUCCGUUUACGGUUUUAAGUCAAGACAUACAUGUAGGGCAUAGUAUCAAAGAUACUAUCGAUAAAGGAACUGUUGGUACUCUAGACUGGUCAGCGAAUUUACGACCAUAAACGGAUUGUUAACUUCUACUCACUCAAGACCAGCGAUAUUAUUGUAUUGUAUUGUAGUAUAAUGUAGUAUUGUAUUGUGUUGUACUAUAUUGUAUUGUAGUAUAAUGUAGUAGUAGUUUCCGAUAUGUAUUCGAUAUGUAAUCAAUAUACUCCAGAUAUGGUUUAAAGCCAGG